GGUGGGAGCUCGGGCCUGUGCUGUGCGCGUGCCCGGGUGUGGGGGCGGGGCGGAUCCCCAGCAUCUUGCGUUGAAGACCCCCGGGCUUGCCGGCCUGGCCGGUGUCUUCUGCUCAUCCGCGCCUCCUUGGGACCCAGCCCGGGGCCGGAGAGGUUUAUCAUGAAUCCCAGUAUGAAGCAGAAACAAGAAGGAGUGAAAGAGAACGUAAAGAACAGUCCCAUCCCAAGAAAAACUCUGAAGAUGAUUCAGCCUUCUGCAGCUGGAUCACUUGUUGGAAGAGAAAAUGAGUUGGUUAAAGGCUUGCCCAAAAGGAAACUUUGGAAUGACCAGUUAACAUCUAAGGCUUCCAGCUCAGGAGUUGUCACUGUCCCAGAACAUAGUGAAAAUAAAAAUUUUUUUGAAAUUACUCUAGAAGCAUUUGAUCUUAUGGUUGCAGAAAAUCCAUCCUCCCAAUUUUGGAAAGAAGUGGCAGAAAAACGGAGGAAGGCUCUCUACGAAGCCCUUAAGGAAAAUGAGAAACUUCAUAAAGAAAUUGAACAAAAGGACAAUGAAAUUGCCCGCCUGAAAAAGGAAAAUAAAGAAUUGGCGGAAGUAGCAGAACAUGUACAGUAUAUGGCGGGGUUAAUAGAGAGACUGCAUGAGGAACAUCAGGAUGACUUUGAAUCACUGAACAGUCAGGAAUUUGAUUUGGAAGAGGAAACUGGUGAGGGCUCUGAUGUGGAAGAUCCAGAUGUUGGUAUGUGUGCUGAAGAAGCUGUGUCUUCCUCUACAGACACAAAACCACAUGUGUGAAAGUCAUUGAUAUCUGACUCUUGAGAAAGGUACUGCCAGAGUUUACCUCCACUAGAGUUCUUUGUAGCUUGUUUGAAUCCUGGGACCCCUGUUGUAUUAAAAUACAAAUACUAUGUUUUUUUAAUCUAUAAUGUUUUAUGUUAAUAGCAUUUUCUCAGUGGUCAAACAUGACUUGUGUAUAUGAUAAAUAAACUUCAGUCUCCUGUUAA